UGAGGGCACCUCAGAUGCCCUGGGGUUCCUGCAGACGGCAGGAAGGUCCCGGGCUCAACUGGGAAAGCCGCCUCCCACCCCGGGGACACUCCAGCCCAACACAGAACCACAGGUUACUCCCCAGCCUGGGCAACAGGGCGAGACCCCCGCCCCCCGCCCCCCCCCCCCCCCCCCCGCGCCAUGUGCCACACCCGACCUGUCACAUAUCCCAGUGACACACCGGGGCCGUUUCCUCCCAUUCCUUACUCCUGUCCUCAGGGACAGGACUCAAAGGCCAACGCCCCUAAGGGGGGGCUGACUUCACAGACCACGUGGAUGGACUCUGUGUGCAUGUCCCCCCAAAUCCACAUGUGGAGGCCCUAACCCCCCAGUGGGACAGGAGUAGGAGGUGAGGCCUUGGGAGGUGAUCGGGGUUAAUGACGUCGCACGCGUGCGGCCCCAUGAUGGGGUCAGAGUCCUCGUAAGACUCAGGACAGAGCUUCCCCUCCGCCCUGUGCCCUGUGAGGACACAGAAGGGGCUGCCUAUGACCCGGCCCAGAAGAGGCCUCUCCAGAACCUGACCCGCUGGCACGCAGCUGCCCUGUCUGCUGUAACCACUGUCCGACAGGACAGGACACCAGGAUUCCCCGUGCCCGUGCGCAACAGAGGACACACCGCAGACCAGGGCGGGUGAUUUCUAAGGAGGCAGCAGGUGACCCCGGCGUGUCCCCGCCGUCCUCAGGCCCCGGCGACUCACCGUGACUUCACGCCCCGGCUGGGUGGCCGCGGGGCACCGUCAGCCCUUCCGGGCUUCCUGCUGAGGCAGAAGAGCAGCGAUGGGGCGUUUCAGAGCCCGCGGUUAUGCUCGUCCUGGUCACCGUCUCCUCAAAGGUGUCACCAAAGUGGUGGCAGUGCUGGGAGUUGCAGGAAGGGACGGUUACCACGGCAACACUUUAAGCACACACUGGUCGCCACUGUGUUCCAAAACUGAAAGUCACCGAGUGGAAACAGCCACCGUGGCCCAGCCGCACUGCCUGGGACCCCAGACUAACCGUGCCUGCGGUGCCCUCAGCAUCCCCCGCCCCGUCGGGCCCGUCCUUGGCCCAGCGAGGAGGUGCGUCCAACACCCACCGGGGAGGCUGGACCCCGAGCCUUGUCCUCGGGCCGAGAUGCACGCUCAGCAGAGGGUCCAAGCCAUGGCCACUGUGCCAGGCCCUCAACUGGGGAUGCUCCUUCCGUGGAGAGGGUGGGGAGUUUGUUUUACAAGAUGAAGAGAGUUAUGGAGAUGGCUAAUGAUGAUGGUUACACACUAUAAAUGUAUUUAAUACCACUGAAGCAUAGAGUUAAGGAUAGUUAUGACGGUAAAUUUUAUGUUAUGUAUAUUAUACCACGAUUAAAAACACUGGGGAAAAAAGGAAACAGUGAGAUAACACCGUGUUCAUGGACUGGAAGAAAGAAUAGUGUUGAGAUGUUCAUUCUUCCCAAAGUGAUCUGUAAAUUCAAUGCAAUCCCAAACAAAAUCUCACCACAAUUUUCUGUGUAUAUUAACAAACCAAUUCUAAAAUUUAUAUGGAAAGAGAAAGGAACCAGAACAGGCAAAACAAUUUUGAAAAAAAAAAAAAAAGACAAAGCUGGAGGACUCACAGAUAAAGCGGCAGUAACAAAGACAGCGUAGUGUUUGUGAAGGAGGGUCCCACGGAUGGAAAAGAACGGAGUCCAGAAACUGAUGGACAGAAACGCAGUCAACUGCUUCUCAUAAAACUGCACGGGCAACUCAAUGCAGAAAGAAUAAUCUGACCUGCAUCUUUCACCUUAGGCAAAAAUUAACCCAAAAUGGGUCAUGGCCCCAACGCUGAGAUGUAAAACCAUAAAACUUCUGGAGGAAAGAAUUCUGCGAUCUAGAUCCAUCACCAAAAAACCUAAUCCACAAAAGAAACAACUGAUACAUCAGACUCCAUCACAAUUCAAACCUCUGUUCUGUGGAGGACACUUAGGAGGGUGAACAGACAAGCCAGCGUCUGGUAGAAAAUACCUGCAAAGCACAUUCCUGCUAGAGGUCUUUAUAAAGAUGCCUCCAAACUGAUCCACAGGGAGAUCACUUCCGUGCUUUGCGACCACCUAGAGGGGUGGGGUAGGGAGGGAGACGCAAGAGGGAAGAGAUAUGGGAACAUAGGUAUAUGUAUAACUGAUUCACUUUGUUGUAAAGCAGAAACUAACACACCAUUGUAAAACAGUUAUACUCCAAUAAAGAUGUUAAAAAAAAAAAACAAAACUGAACCAGAAGAAAACAAACAAUUCAACAAAAAAAGGCCCAGAGGAUCCCAACAGAUUCCUCAGCGCACACAUGCAGAUGGGAAAAUCAGCACAUGGCAGGACGCUGCAUAUCAAUAGACAUGAGGGAACGGAGACUGAGGCCACAGGAAAAUGCCGCCCACAGCGGCUGGAGAGUACGCAGGGCCACCGGGAUGCAGACACCACUGAUGCGAGUGUGAAACGGGGACCAGCUGGGAAAACAGUUUGGUGGGUUUGUAAAGCGUCAGACGCGUACCUACCAUAUGCCCCAGCCACUCCACUCCCGGUAUUUACCCAAGAGAAAGGCAGGCAUAUAUCCACACAAAGACAUGUCUCCAAAGAACACACACAGACGGCCGAGAGGCACAUGAAACCAUGCUCAGCAUCGCUAAUUAUCAGAGAAAUGCAAACCAAAACGACAUGAGGUAUCAUCUCACACUGGUCAGAAUGGCCAUCAUCAAAAAGACCACAAAUAACAAAUGCUGGAGAGGGUGUGGAGAAAAGGGAACCCUCCUGCUCUGUGGGUGGGAACGUAAGUUGAUGCAGCCACUACGGAGAAGAGGAUGGAGGUUCCUCAGAAAACUAUAAAUAGAAUUAUUAUAUGACCCAGCAAUCCCUCUCCUGGACAUAUAUCCAGAAAAUAUAAAAAGUCUAAUUUUAAAAGACACAUGGAAUAUUUAAUAAUUAGUGGAAUAUUUUUUGCUACUACCUUCCAUGAUUCUUUCAGCCUAUUUCCAAACCUCACCUGUGAAGUACCUCCUUUUCAUCCUUCGACAGUACAAGAAGUUAUACCAGGAACCAAUCACAUACUUGUUUUAUGUUUGGCCCCGUAGUCUACAGUACAGUUACCUGUCCUUUAUUAGAAUUCUGUAGAAUUAUCCCCACGUUAGUGUAUUUGUUCAAGUUCUCUUUUGUGUACUUUUGAAACACUGUAAAGUUUUAUUCAUAUCUGUACAUCUUUCACAUUCCUUGUUAAGUUUUUUCUCUCAGAAACUUUACACGUCUCUUGUAUGGUAAAUGAAGCGCUCUUAUUAAAUCCUAUCUUCAAACACACACAUUUUUAUAAUAUGCAUAUAUAAAACUUCUCCACAUUAUAUUGUUGUUUCCAUGUGCCCUACUGAAUUUUCCUAGAGGUUAAAGCAGUUUUUCGUUGAUAUUCUUGAAUGUCUGCAGUAUAACAUAUUUAAACAGCAGUAGUUUUAACCAUUUGCUUUAAAUAUUUUUCUCUUAUAAUUAUUUUAGAUAAUAUACUAAAAAAAAGUAAUAUGUGCUAGUCUACAUUUUUAUCUUGAUUUUGGCUUUAAUGAGGUGGCCCUAGUAUUUCCCCAGUCAACAUGAUAAAGACUUUUAGACUGAGACAGAUGUUCUCUCAUGUUACAGAAAAUACAACUCUUCAUAUUUUAUAAAUGUUUAAGUCAAUAAUAAUGAGUUCUAUUAAAUGGCUUACCGGGGGCUUCCCUGGUGGCGCAGUGGUUGCGCGUCCGCCUGCCGAUGCAGGGGAACCGGGUUCGCGCCCGGGUCCGGGAGGAUCCCACGUGCCGCGGAGCGGCUGGGCCCGUGAGCCAUGGCCGCUGAGCCUGCGCGUCCGGAGCCUGUGCUCCGCAACGGGAGAGGCCGCAACAGUGAGAGGCCCGCGUACCACAAAAAAAAAAAAAAAAAAAAAAAAAAAAAAAAAAAUGGCUUACCAACAUCGUAAACAUGAAUAGCAAUUAGUAUGUGAAUUUUCUCCUUAAAUCCAUUAAUUUCAAGAAUUGUCACAUUAUUUCAAUACUAAAAAAUCUGGACGUUUUAAGAAAUAAAAAAAUUUAAAAAUAAAUGAAAAAUAAAAGAUACAUGCACCCCAAUGUUCACAGCAGCUCUAUUUACAGUAGCCAAGACGUGGAAACAACCUAAAUACCCAUUGACAGAGGAAUAGAUAAAGAAGAUGUGGUACAUAUAUACAAUGGAACAUUACUCAGCCAUAAAAAAGAAUGAAAUCAUGCCAUUUGCAGCAACACGGGUGGACCUAAAAAUUAUCAUACUAAGGGAAGACAGACAGAAAAAGACAAAUACCAUAUGAUGUCACUUAUAUAUGGAAUCUAAAAAAAAAUGAUACAAAUGAACUUAUUUACAAAACAGAAAUAGACUCACAGACAUAGAAAACAAACCUGUGGUUACCAAAGGGGAAAGGGGAUGGGGGAGGAAUAAAUUAGGAGUUUGGGAUUAACAUAUACACACUACUAUAUAUAAAACAGACAACCAACAAGGACCUACUGUAUAGCGCAGGGAACUAUAUUCAAUAUCUUGUAAUAACCUAUAAUGGAAAAGAAUCUGAAAAAGAAUAUAUAUAUAUAUAUAUAUAUAUAUAUAAAUGAAUCAGUUUGCUGUAUAUCUGAAACAUUGUAAAUCAACUAUACUUCAAUUUAAAAAAAAAAGGUUCUCACUCACUCAUGCUUAAUGCCCAAAUGAGAAACUCCUCUACAUUUCAGUGAUUUGCCCAGUACAACUAUCCAAAUUAUAGUCGGGCUGCUGCUUAUUUUCGUAUGAAAUGCACGAGGAGUGAAUAGAGAACAGUACUCUCACUACACGGCAGUCACAUCCCCAGGCAUACACGUAAGCCCAGUUAACAUGAGGGAUUAAGUAACUGAUGAGAUAUCCACUGAAUCACAUUCUACGCAGUCAAGACACAGUGCUACUUUACUGAAAGUAUACGCAGGAUACAUUUUAAGUUAAAAAUGUUAUAAAACAAUAUAUACUAUAUGAAUUCACAAACCUGUGUGUAUAUGUACAUUAAAAAAACUGGAAGAAUACAUACCAAAAUCUUAACAACAGUUAUCUCUGUAUGGUCAUAUUGUAGGUGAUCUUUAUUUCCUUCUGGGUUCUUUUCUGCACCUUCUAAUUAUCUACACAAAUAUGUCACUUUUUUCCAUGGAGGGAAAAUGCAUUUUCAAGCCCAAGUAACGAACGUAUAUAAAUUGAGCAGAUUGUUAUCCUGACAAAAUCCCUAAUAAGGAGCGUUUACACACAUUCUCAGGGCCACCGCCUUUUGAGACGGACUCUGAUUUCAUCACAAUUUGGCCAGACCUUCAUCUAAGGUACAAGAAAAGUCAAGUUGCUAAAUGCAGCCCUUGAAGCUGUAAGCCAUGUAACGACACUGCCACCCCGACUCGCUCACGACAUCUCUCCCAAAGGUGCGGACACCCCCAAACCCUGGGGAUUUUAAGUGCAUAGCCCACCAUUAGAUUUCUUAACACCUCUUGUCAGUAGAGGGAAGCAAGUUACAAAAGGGAGCCACUGAAGAGAAACGGGCAACAACCAUGGGGACAGAGGCACCACAUCAAAGUCAUCGUUUCCUACUGCUGCGAAGGGGGAGAGGUGACCCACCAGCUCUCCUGAUUCUAAGUGCGGGAUUGUCCAUGAAUCAGAGACUUCUCACCCCCCCGCCAGCAAAUCUGUAAUGGCUGGGGCUUGUCUGUUUUUUUUGUUUUUUUUUUGCGUGGGGUGGGGGGAAAGGGUGGUAAAAAGUUAUUAAAUCAACGAUGCAUCUCAAAAUCACUGGUAGGAGAGAAUCAAGGAAAUGGAAUACGUUCCACACCAAGCUGCAGUCUACACUGCGUCUCCAGCCCCCUGGCUCUCGGUGCACCUUUGGGAACACGCCAUCACACGACGACACCAGGCAACGGUCACUUCUUUCCACCUGGUUUCCCAGCUCCUCCCGCAGCCUCAUCAUCAUCGUCAUACCAACAUCUACGCCGUUUACCAUGAACGGUGGUAGAUGUUCUACGACUGUCUGCUGAGUCGUCUCCGCAGAGGCCUGGAGUUUCAUCUCGGUAAGGUUUUAGGGUCCCAGCGUACUCAGGGGGAAACCAUCUACCCUCUAUCAGCAGCCGUAUGACAUGCGAUCAAUAGUAAAGCAGUAAACAACUGCACUACCUCAUGAUCGAGUGUGUUAACUCUCCUCCCGCACACACACCCCUGGAAACCCCGGAGAAGGCAGGCUCUGGGGGACAGCCUGGUGAUGACGCCAGGGCAGCGCAGAGACAAGUCCCAAAGCAGAGAAGAGCCGGAGAGGUCUGUGUGCAGGAGGGGACCAGCGCUUCCCUCAGACCGACUGCUCAGACAACAGGAGCCUCGGGCCUUCCACCCCCAAGCAAGGCCGUGCAGGAGGGCUUGGAACGAGGUCACCUCUCCGCAUCUCCCGCCAGGCGGCGUGGCAGGACCGGAGCAGUCAGCCACCCUCCCCAUGCAGCCCUGCACCACCCCGGCACCAGAGCCGGCCCUCCGGACGGACGCACGCACUCGUGCUGGGACAAAGGAGCUCGAGGUUUUAACGGGACCGGUCUACGACAUUCCUUGGGCCUCUUGGCUGUCUCCCGCCGUUGUGAUGGAGCAGUGCAGGGGACUAGCCACAAAAGGACCAGCCACCAGAACUUACACAUUCGUGAUUUCCGUGUUGGGAGUUUUAAUUCCGCCUCUCCUUCUAUCCACGGGGAGAUGGCCCCCAGGAACGACCACCUGUCCGGGGCUCCACUGGCAGCGCUGGGUCGAGAUUCUAAGACUUCACCCGUUUUCUUUAAGGCUGAUAAUCUCCAUCUCAAUUUAAACUUGUAACUCUGCACAGCCUGAUCACACUUGCCAGGCUGUGUACACGACAGGUCCUGGCCUCAAAGGUUCCUUUUCACCCUCUACACCCAUUCCUAAAUGGAAAUUGUGUCUGCAACCCCGUUUCAGGCCACACGUCUCCACGUCCCUCUGGGGUCUCCCUCCUUCUCUAUGUUACAAUGAUGUGGUUGAACAUCGUCUCCUGAAACAAGAGGAUAUGACUGAUUACAGUCUGAAUGGGAGGGGUGCUCCUUUGGAAUCAGCCCGCCUCCCACUCUCUGUGAUGCCGUCGACUCUGCUAUCAUGAACCAAGCUCCACCUGCAAGCCGGAUUCGGACACUCAGGGCAGGGCCUGAGCCCCCUAGCAUGACUCACACCCUCAAGGCUGCACUCAGGCUACCAUCGCAGACUUUGGAACACCCCCUUGUCCUAUUGGGAAGCCCCGACGAGCAUUUGGGACCCCUGAAGGAGGACAGCAUCGGACACUCAUGGCAAAGUCAGGGGCCCCUGGGGAUGGGCUUGGACUCCCAUGGCAGGGUCUGGGACCCAAAGGGCGGCACUCCAACCUCCCAAAGCAGAGCCUGGGAAUGCACUGUCACAGACUUGGGCCUGCAAGGCAAGGCUGGGGACUCCCAGGGCUGCACUCAGAUCCCGUAAGGCAGGGUCCGGGAUCCCCAAGGACGGAGUGGAACCCCCAAGACAGGGUUCGAGACCUCCAGGGAUAGGAUGGGACCCCCAAAGCAGGGUUCAUGACCCCUGGAGUCCCACUAGGAACCCCCACCCCCGCCGGCAAGGCAGGGUCUUGGGCCCCAGGGCUGCAUUCCCACACUUGGGCUAUCAACGCUGACUUCAUCCCGCCAGGGCCAGACAGGAGACUCCAAGGCCAAGUUUGUGACCUCUGGGCCAGACACACAGCCCCAAGGCAGAGUUUAGGAUCCACCGCGACUUGCCUGGACCCCCAGGGCCACAGUCAAGUUACCACCAUAGACUUCAGAUCCCCGGACUGGAUUUGAAACCCCCAAGCAGUGUUUGCAAUACCCGUCCAGUCCAGACUCCAGACCCCAAAGUAAAGUCCGGAACCUCCAGGGAUGGGACUGGAUCCCCAAGGCAGGGUCUAGGACUCCUGUGACACACUCAGAGCCCUAAGGCAGGACCUGGGACCCCAGGGCUGCACUCGGGCCAUCAAGGCAGCGUUUGGGAUUCUCGGGGCCGCCCUCGGACCCCCACCAAGGCAGGGUCUGGGACCCCUGGAGCCACACUCGGAUCCAUCAAGGCAGAGUUCGGGGUUCCGGAGGACGGAAUUGAUCCCCAGGACCGGACCUCGACCCUGCGCGGAGGCCUGACCGGGGCGAGGGGAGGUGGCGAGCGUGGGGGAGCGCCCACCGGGUUGGGUGCCCGGUCUGGCCCUGCUCCGGCACUACCUGCCUUGGGAGGUCGCCUCGAGCAUCCGCGGCAGAGAGAAGCGUAUCCCUAGGGUGCGGCGUCCCAGACUGGCCUCCCAGCCCGGACGGCACGCACCAAUCAGGCGGCGGCGAGCACGUGACCCGGACGGCCAAUGGGCAGCAUGAACGGGAGCACGCCCCCGAGGCCCCGCCCCGUUGCGUAGGAGCGCUUGCGGUAUGUGGACCCUGCGAGCCGCCGUCCGCCCGGGGUCCCGGCUCUUUCGCGUGGUUCGCGGCUGCGGGGCUCCGAGGGGCGCGCCGCCGCUGCCGCCCUGCCCCGAGCGCGCGCUCGCCGCCUUCCGCGGGGGCCUGGGGAGCCCGGAGGGGCGAGGGGGUGGGGGGCGGGGCCCACGUGCAGAUGGCCGGAGAAGUCGAACUGGAGGAAAGGAGGAUGAGGAAGAACCAGAAGAUGCGGAGGAGGAGGACGAGCUGCUGAGGAGGGACCCUUUGCUGCCAGCGGGGACCCAGCGCGUGUGCUUGGUUCACCCUGACGUCAAGUGGGGACCCGGGAAGCCGCAGGGGACCCGAGCUGAGUGGCAGGUGGUGGAGGCACAAGCGCUGGUGCACACGCUGGAUGGCUGGUCGGUGGUGGGCACGAUGGUGGUGCCCAGCAAAACGCCAGACAGGAAGCUCAUCUUCGGCAGAGGGACCCUGGAGCGCCUGACAGAGAGGAUCAGAGGGUCCCCGGAAAUCACCGCCGUCUUCCUGAAUGUGGAGAGGAUGGCUGCAGCCACCAAGAAAGAACUGGAAGCCGCCUGGGGUGUGCAGGUGUUCGACCGAUUCACGGUGGUCCUUCAUGUUUUCCGCUGCCACGCCCGCACCAAGGAGGCCCGGCUGCAGGUGGCGCUGGCCGAGCUUCCCCUGCUCAGAUGCCCACUCCCCACCCAGGGCUCCGUCCCAGUCCCCCACGGGCACGUGCUCCCAUCUCCUGAGCCGACCCAUUUCCACGCCAGGUCCCACCUGAAAAGCGACGUUGCCCACCUGGGCGGACGAGGAGGGGACUCUCGCCACAUCAUGGGGUCAGGAGAGUCUUUCCUGCAGGUGCAACAGCGCCUCCUGAAAGAUAAGGAAGUGAAGAUUCGGAAGGCCCUGGACAGGCUCCGCCGGAAGAGGCUUCUCCUGGGGCAGCAGCGGAGGCGGCGGGAGUUCCCUGUGGUCGCCGUGGUCGGAUACACAAACUGCGGCAAGACCACGUUGAUCAAGGCCCUGACGGGGGACGCCACCAUCCAGCCCCGGGACCAGCUGUUUGCCACGCUGGACGUCACAGCCCACGCGGGGCGGCUGCCCUCCCAGGUGACCGUCAUCUACAUGGACACCAUUGGCUUCCUCUCCCAGCUGCCCCACAGCCUGGUCGAGUCCUUCUCGGCCACCAUGGAGGACGUGAGCCAUUCGGAUCUGAUCGUCCACGUGCGAGACGUGAGCCACCCCGAGACAGAGCUGCAGAAGGCCAGCGUCCUGUCGGCCCUGCGGGCCCUGCGGCCGCCGCGCCCGCUGCUGGACCGCGUGGUGGAAGUGGCCAACAAGGUGGACCUGGUGCCCGGGUACAGACCCGCCGAACCCGGCGCGGUGGCCGUGUCUGCGCUCCUGGGGCUCGGGCUAGAGGCGCUGAAAGCCAGGCUGGACGGAGCAGUUCUGAGAGCCGCGGGCAGACGGGUCCUCACGCUCCGAGUGGGGCUGACGGGGCCGCAGCUGAGCUGGCUGCAUCAGGAGGCCACGGUGCAGGCGGUGGACGUGAGGCCUGAGGCCGGGGUGGCCGACGUCAAGGUCAUCAUAAGCGACUCAGCUUACGGCAGGUUCAGGAAGCUCUUUCCAGGGUGAAAGGACGCCCAAGGGUGGGCGCGCUCCCCGAGGACUGAGGGGGGCUCCCCGGGGGCCGGGGGGCUGCAGCGUUCCCGCCUCAGAGAGAAGCGGGAGCGCUGCGUGGGCCCUACACCCCCGCGGGCCUGGCGGGAGGGCCGGUGGGCCUGGGAGCUGGCGUCGACGGUGGGACUCUGAGCGGCUCCGGUUGACCGUCAGGGGCGUCUGGAGAGCUGACGUCCCGUCCAGGGUGCUUGAGCCGCGAGACAGUAAAAGCUGUGUGUGUGCUCGUGAGCCAGCCUUUCCGGUUCUUCCGUGCCGGCCGCCCGGCAGAUGUCCUGCGAAGGCUGGCCGUGAAGGAGGCAGGGCCGGCUUCCCCGUGCGCUCUUCGUCCAGCGUUCACGGCUGCCAGUCCUCGCCUUUCCCCGCGGUGGCGUCGGGGGUAGAAUUAUAAUGUCUCCAGACAGCCCGGUAAGCAGGAAGAAUCUCCCCGUUUACAGGGCCAGGCGGCCGGGAACACCCAUCACACACCCGUAGUUGUCUUUACCCAGAGGAAAAAUACAAGUUCGGGCAUCUUGUCGACAAGCAGGGAAUCACAUCCUGGGGCCAAACUCCCCCACGGUGAGGCAGGACCCCUUCCCGAUGUUCACUUUGCAGAGAGGCUCCAGGGC